AUGCCAUAUCUCCCGACCUCCCAGGCCUUCCUGGAACAGUCGGCACUGUUACUGGAGGCGUAUCCCGAGACGACCCGCAUCACCACAAAAUACAGCUUCCCCCACCAAAAAAAGCCUCAACCCUCCUCCACCACCAACACAUCCAACACAGCAGACGCAACAUCAACAACACCGGCACCCACCACCGCCCCCGUCGCCGCCCUCACUCUCAAAACCUUCAACCCGACCGCGGGCAUCUGUCUCAAGUACCGCACGAACAAGGGCGCCGAGGUUGGUCGGCUGAUUACGGGGCUGGGGAAGCUGGCUGGCGGGGCGGACGUGGCGAGUUUGGGGGUCGCGGCGACUGGUGGGACCGGGGGUGGAAUGGGGGAUGUUGAGAUGGUGGAUGCGCCGGCCGAAGACGGUGCUGCUGCUGCUGCUGGAGCUGGAGCUGGUGCAGGGGCGCCGGGUGGAAGUGGGAAGAAUGCGGGCGGGAAGGGGAAGAAAAAGGGUGGGAAGGGGAAGCGAUGA